GUUGAUGAGUGACUAUGAGGUGACUCUGGUCAAUGAUAACAGGCAAGAAUUCUACGUCCGCUUCAAGGGCCCUGAGGAGACUCCGUUCGCUGGUGGCCACUGGAAGAUUCACGUCGAACUCCCCGAUCAAUACCCAUACAAGAGCCCCAGCAUCGGGUUUGUCAACCGGAUCUUUCACCCGAACAUCGAUGAGCUCUCCGGCUCCGUCUGCCUCGACGUCAUCAACCAGACCUGGUCCCCCAUGUACGACAUGAUCAACAUCUUCGAGGUCUUCCUCCCUCAGCUCCUCCGCUACCCCAACCCGUCCGACCCUCUCAACGGCGAAGCAGCAGCCAUGCUCAUGCGCGAGCCCAAGACCUACGACGCUAAAGUGAAAGAGUAUGUCGCCAAGUACGCCAGCAAAGACGCCGUCGACGACGCCGGCGAAGACACCGAGUCGGAAGACGAGCUGAGCUCGGCCGGAAGCUAUGAAUCCGGUGGCGAGGAGCCGGCCGGUACGAUGGAUGAUGUCUAGAGGUACUGUACCAAUCGUCCGCUUUCCUCCUUCGCAACCAUGCCCUUGCAUCUAGACUGAUUUCAGUCACCUUUUUU